AUGGCUCAGGCUAGGAGGAUAAAUUCCGUCAAAGAAUUGAACGGAAGUACCGGAUGUGGAUGGCUGAUUAACGUCAAGUUGUGCAAGUUGUGGGAUCACCAUCUUUUUAAAAAUUGGAACAGAGUUGAGAGCCUGAAAUGCUUCUUAUGGAUUCAAAUAAUCACUUGUACUGCUGGAUUUGAUGAAAAUGCGAAGAUUGAUGUGCUUCAGCCUCACCCAAAAUCAGGAACAAUUGAUGAUGUCAUUACAUGGCAUAAAAUCACCAUUGAAGAGUUGUCGACUAUAACUACACCAAGGUCAAACUAUGCACUUAUUGCCACUAUUGAGGCUCUUGAUCCGGAUUUUGGAUGGUAUUAUAUUGGUUGCCGCAAAUGUCACAAAUUUGUAAAGGAAGAGGCUGUUCCAAUUGAUGUGGUAGAAAUUGAAGGCAAAACAUCGUCUAAGAAGUCGAGGUCACAAAUUCCUUCAAAGACAGUGUUUCGUUGUGAGACCGAAGGCUGUCCUAAACCAAUAACCACAGCAAGUCCGAGAUACAAAAUGAGACUUGAUGUUGAAGAUGGGACAUCGGGAUCUUGCACUUUUGUGAUGUUUGAUGAUUGUAUUCGUCUUCUAAUGAAUAAAUCAUGCGAACAAAUCAGAGAAACUAUUCCACCGGGUACCCCCAACAAUCAAAUACCGGAGGAACUUUACCAACUUGUGGGGAGGCUCAUAUUCAAAUUUGAGGCGACUGAUUAUGUCAUAGAAACGGGGUCGACGGUUUACAAAUGCACAAAAAUUAUUGAGGAUCCCAUACUUAUUAAAAAAUUUGAGAAUGUUGUUUGUCCUGUAGAGAUUGAAGAUGAUAACAGUAUCACCAAUCUAGAUACAUCUGAUGUGACUAUUUCGCAGUAUGUUUCCUCAAACAUCCCCAAGGUGACUGGUUCAAGCUCUGUUGGAACUGGAUAUGAUCAAGACGAUGAACCUAUCACUCCUGUUAGUUCUAUUCAAAAGCGGAAAGUUGUUGAGAUUGACGUCGACGAUCAAGAACAUCAGGCUUCAACUAAUAAAAAGCAUCUUCUCACGUCUAAGUUGCGCGAUUGCUUCAGCGGAUAUGUCCCCAAAAAAAUUAAACUGGUUACUCCAGUAGGCAAAUUUGAAGUAUUAACUUCCGAAGCUGCAAAUGGUGAGAUUGUUAUGUUUGGGAAUAACCUCUUAAAAUUUGCAAAUGAAGUUCAAAUCGGUCCAUGGUGUCGGGUUCAUUUUUAUUAUAAUGGAACUGAUAACAUCAUAUGCAUGCCUUUUGGAUAUGAUGGGACUCAAUCUGUUCCGUACAAGCCAUACACUCCUUUUGGAGUUCAAUGCAUAUUCAAAUUGAAACCUCAUACUGCUGAUUACUUCACUGUUGUGCCUGCUGAAUUCAUCAAUGUACUUACAAUGCCUAAUACAUCGGUUGUGACUGUUGAAUUUGGAGAAGAAGAAUAUAAUUUUGAAUGGUUUACCAAUGAGCAUGGUUCUGGUUUCAGUGGUGUCAUGUGGCUUAUUUUUAUAAUUGGUCAUCAUUUCACUUUGAAGAAUACAUUUCUGCUUGCCUAUAAGUACGAGACCACGUUUGUGCUGGAUGUUUUUUAUGAAAAUAACUUUGAUGUCUAUGCUCCUGGCCGUCCAUGGAAUUCGUCCUCAUCUUCUUAA